AUGGAGGAUCAGCGCAGGCCGAGUCAUGCCGCGGGAUAUCCAGCCUCGGCCGACACCAAGCGCGGCGGCAACUUGGCUGCCGCCGACACCGAGGGCGGCAGGGCACUGGCUGCCGCAAGGCGUGCCCAGCGCCGUCUCGGCCUCAGGAAAAGCCAGCGCGCACCAAGAGAAAUCCGGCCUCUGCCGACAGUAGAGGCCGCCGGUCCUUCGCCGCCGCCGACGAGAAGUUCGGACGUUCCGCGGGACAUUCGGCCACAGCCGACAUGGAGGGCCGCCGGCCCUUCGCCGCCGACGAGAAGUUCGGACGCGCCGCGGGAUAUCCAGGCUCUGUCGACACCGACGGCGGCAGGGCGCCGGCUGCCGCAAGGCGGGCCUAGCGCCGUCUCGGCCUCAGGAAAAGCCAGCGCGCACCGAGGGAAAUCCGGCCUCUGCCGACGGUGGAGGCCGCCGGGCCUCGCCGCCGCCGACGAGAAGUUCGGACGUUCCGCGGGAUAUUCGGCCACAACCGACUUGGAGGGCCGCCGGCCCUUCGCCGCCGUCAAGCGGGACUAG